AUGGGACAGCUCUACUUCAAGGCAAAUAUGGUCCUCGUAUGGUUGGGACAGAGCACAAGCCACUGGAAGGAGUUCAGCUGGCUGCACCAUGUAAUGUUGCCAGCUUUGUGGGAUACCAUUGAGUCAGGCACUGUGGCACUCAGAGCAGAUACUGACCCGACCGAUCCCGAGUUUUGGGUAACGCGCCUGCCAUCUCUCACACCGCCUGGAGGGAGCUGGCCUGCUGUCUGGGAGUCUUAUUGGCGGUUUCUGGACGAGCGGAGAUGGUUUCGACGCGCCUGGACAUACCAGGAAACCAUCCUAGCAAAGAAGCUCAUACUCGUUUGUGGAAUUGAGUUCAAUAACAUCGCACUCGAGCAUGUAGGCCAUAUGUGCAACACAAUGCACCAUACCGGCUGGCGCAGCAUUCUGACGGUUCGAUAUUCUGGCUGGUCAGAAGAUAACCCGUGCAAGUUCCUCAUGGGCCUUGUUAGAACGCGCGACAAUAUACUACAGGCCGUGGCACCGUCCUCCCCCUCUGAGUCCAAGAGCGAAAGUAGUACAGAAGUCUCCAGACUAACUUACGCUGCUUGGCUGUCCCUUUGGACUGAAGUAUGUGUCGAACUACGUUCGCGUCAAUGUGGCUUUCAAGAAGACAAAGUCAACGCGACUCUUGGCAUUGCAAGCCUACUGCGACCACCCCAAAUCCCUGAUUCGCUCUUUCUAGAGCCAAGCGCCAUGGAUGCUAGCGAGGCCUAUAGAUGGAUGUCAUCUCAAUUAAUUAGCCAAACUGGUAGUCCUCGCUUCAUAUCCUUUGCUGGACCACCGUCGUCGAAGAAGGUGAAUGGUCUACCCUCGUGGGCUGCCGACUUUUCCACAGUGCCGCGCAGUACUACGGUAUGUCAAACAUAUGGUGAUAGUCCUUCCAGCCACCGAAUUUUCAAUGCCGGCAAGGCCCUUGCAACUGGUGCUAAGAAUGAGUUGGUAAUUGAUGGCAACAGCCUUGUCGUUGACGGUUCUAGAGUCACCUAUUUUCGUCCUCGUUGUGUCUGCGCUCUGAACAACCUCCACGAGACAUGCAUGGAGAUGAUUCUCAAAAUGCCUCGUCGUUACGCACGGACAUCCCAAUCAAGCCUAGAAGCGAUUCGAGAAACACUGGUCUGGGAUCACAGCACCGAUGUGGCCCCAAUUGACGAAACCUGGGGCCAGGAAUUUGCGAAUUGGCUGGAGGCCCGAUUCUCCCUGGGUUGCUUACUGCCAAGCCAACCCGACCAUCCGAGGAAAAAUACAUUCCUACCUAGAACGCAAGAGGAGUGGUGGGCUGAUAGCCAGCAUCUGAUCCGCAGAGCGGGUGAGGCAGGCAGCUGGGAUGCAGAAAAUCCGGCACCGUCUCUCGAAACUAUUCAGGCCACAAUCGAUGAGAUUCAAAACCAUCCAGCUUGGUUUGCCUUUAGUUCUGAGCAACAUUCGCUCAAAGACGAUCCAUCCUGGUUUAACUUCUUUGACCGCGUUUGUGCGGCUAUUCCCAGAUUUAAAGAGACUUAUCACCUAGCCUCGUGGAGCGACCUAGCGCAGCGUUUCCGAACAACAUUUCACAACCGCCUAGCUUUCCUAACGGAAAGUGGAUAUCUGGGCUUGUGUUCUAGCGAAGUACUGGAUAUCGUGCUGGCGAGACCGGAUACUGAUGCCGAAAUCUGGAUCCUGCACCGCGGACCUGUUCCAUACGUCCUGAUGCCCGAGCCAAAUGCAACAAACACAUUUAUUUUCCAGGGUGAUUGUUACAUCCACGGUGCCAUGUAUGGCGAAUGGAGACCUCUUCCCAAUGAAGGCAUGGAUCUUGCCACUGACGAGGGAAACCAGAAAUCUUGGUUUUACAGCAAAUGGGGAGAAGUAGUCCUUGAAGAGGCACAACAUCUUUCUGAGAUGGAUUUGAAUGCAAGGGGCCCCAAUGAAGCUUCCGCACAACAACGGAAGCAAGAAAAUAAAGAAGUAGCUGAUAAUGCUACUAUGAAUUUGCCAGGUGUGAAAAUCUCCCAAACAGAAGUAGGCAAUUCGAUCGGGGAGGCACUAUCAUCUGCUGAGCAUGGCUUGACACGCCUUUGCCACGAAGACGUAACGAGUCAGCUAUUAAAUGAAAAGCAGGAACACGAUUUGACGGUCAAGACUGCAAAUAACAAGGGGCAGUCUCCAGGUCAAGUCGUAUCUAUCACUAUCAUCUAG